AUGCGUCGCUACUCGCAGAAAAAUGAUGCCAUCCACUUGGCAGACGCUCUUGGUCUCUUAUCGCCCCGCCGAAACGUCAAACCACCGCCAAAGAAACUCACCACUCAGCCUUAUAGGCCGCUGAUCUUCACUAACCUUAGCAAGGGGCCCGUGGCUGAACAUUACAAUGAAAUCAAAAAGGAUCUUUUGGCUGACUACAAGAUCCCCAUGGUGGACCAUUCGAGACAGAUGGAUACGCUUCUCAAGGAUCUCCGAGCUGUCAAUGAGAUCUCCCAUAGAAAUGUGCUGCAGAAGAACUUAUAUAACCACGUAAAGACGCUCCAGAACGAGGAUGAGCUCAUUGAGUUGACUAACCUCUCAUUCUAUCAAAAUCGCUUGACCAUGCCGCUUUUUACAAGAUUCAUCAUGAACAAAAACCUAACUGACCUUUCACGACUUCCCUUCAACGUUCAGAACAUCGACAAAGUUGUGCUAGCGAGAAAUGGAUGGACUGACGUGAACUUUGCGGAGUUGAAGGUGUUGCUAAUGAAGAAAUACCACGAUCUUAACAAACCGCUUCUAAUUGUCAAACUCUUGAAGGACAACUUCGACAGCGAGUUCCUUCCAUUCAUCAGACUGCGCCAAUUUUCGCCCUUCUACGAGCGAAUCGUGUGGAAGUUCUAUUUUGACUACAUAUCGCAGAAUGAGGCAGAGUAUAUCAAGUCGCUAGAUAAUGUCCGGUCGUCGUUCAUGAUCUGGGAGGCGUCCUCGGCAAAAUGUUCCGAGAUUGCCCAGGUUAUGCUAGCACACCACGAGCCCAGUGGGCUACAGCAGUUAUUCUUGCAGCUUUGCAGUAGCAAUGCCGUAGAAAAGGUGGUUAAAUCGGACCUUUCGGAAGGGAGGUCUCUGCUCCUCUCAAGUCUCAAAAAGACCUCGGUGAAGUUCAAGAUUUACGAUAUCAAAACCACCGCUACGGAAAGCGUUGCCAAUAGAGCAUUGAGAUACUCGCUUAUCCACGCGAUAGAGAACGUGGUCAAUGGCCAUUUUGGCAACUGGCACCAGGAUGUCCAGUUGGCAGCCAUUAUGGACCAAAUGAAGCAUUGCCGUACAGAUAUGGUGCACCAGGGAGUCCCACAGCCGGACACAGAGAAUAUGGGGGUAUUUACGAAUUAG